CACGUAACGACUAAUCAUUCUUUAAUCCUACACGUGACGCCUAACAAUACUCUGAUUCUACACGUGACGCCUAAUAAUACUUUGAUUCUAUACGUAACGCCUAAUAAUAUUUUGAUUCUAUACGUAACGCCUAAUAAUACAUUAAUUCUAUACGUAACGCCUAAUCAUUCUCUAAUUCUACACGUGACGCCUAAUCAUUCCUUAAUUCUAUACAGUUUGAUUCUAUACGUGACGCCUAAUCAUUCUCUAAUUCUAUAUAUAGCGCCUGAUUAUUCUUUGAUUCUAUACGUAACGCCUAAUUAUUCCUUGAUUCUAUACGUAACGCCUGAUUAUUCUUUGAUUCUACACGUGACGCCUAACAAUACUCUGAUUCUAUACGUAACGCCUGAUAAUACUUUAAUUCUAUACGUGAUACCUAAUCAUUCUCUAAUUCUACACGUAACGCCUAAUCAUUCUUUGAUUCUAUACGUGACGCCUAAUCAUUCUUUAAUUCUAUACGUAACGCCGGAUUAUUCUUUGAUUCUAUACGUAAUGUAUAAUCAUUCCUUGAUUCUAUACGUAAUGCCUAAUUAUACUUUGAUUCUAUACGUGAUGCCUAAUCACACUUUAAUUCACUACACGACGCCCUUAUUACACUUUAAUUCACUGUACGACGCCCAAUUACAGUGUUAUUAUAGCAUCUACUACUGCUACCGUUGUCGCCCUUCCUACAAAUUCGACGAGGAGAUAGCGCGUUCUACUAGUAGGUCCGAUCUACCUUAG